GUGAAAAAGAUGAAGUUCUUAGUUGGAAUUGUAUUGAUUUUGUUCGCUUUUAUAGGAAUAGUUUAUUCCACUGAUGGAGACAGAAAGAGAUCUGAAAGGUCCUCUGGAGAUGGAUUCGGACAAGGAUCAGGCUAUGGCGAGGGAUUUGGAUAUGGCAGUGGAGGUGGAUUGGGUUUAGGCUUUGGGGAUGGAAACGGUUACGGCGAUGGAUCUGGUGGUGGUUUUGAAAUAGGAUAUGAUGGAGGAUUUGGUAGUGGUUACGGUAGGGUAUCUGGCGGUGGUUACGGUAGUGGAUUUGGAGCAGGAUACGGAGGAGGAUUUGGAGCAGAAUACGGAAGCGGCUACGGAUGAGGCUCUGGUUACGGCCAAGGAACAGGCUAUGGAUAUGGUGGAGGUACCAGGUAUGGAUCCAGCCGAGGAGUAGGAUAUGGAUACGGUCAAGGCAGCGGCUAUGGAUACGGUGAAGGCAACGGAUAUGGAUAUGGCCAAGGAGACGGAUAUGGAUAUGGCCAAUGAGACGGAUAUGGAAACGGUCAAGGCAAUGGAUAUGGAUAUGGCCGAGGAGAAGGAUAUGGAUAUAGCGAAGGAGACGGAUAUGGAUAUGGCGAAGGAGACGGA